CGCAGGGGAAGAGAGCGCUGCUAUCAGCGGGGCCAGGCGACUUCCAGCCUGCCAUGGCCUCUGGGGCACCUGGGGAGCGGUUGCGCGAGGAGGCUAGGUGCCCGGUGUGUCUGGAUUUCCUUCAGGAUCCGGUCAGCGUGGCCUGUGGCCACAGCUUCUGCCUCAGGUGCAUCUCGGAGUUCUGUGAGAAGUCUGACAGCGCGCAGGGCGGCCUCUAUGCCUGCCCGCAGUGCCGGGGCCCCUUUGGGCUGGAGAGCUUUCGGCCCAACCGGCAGCUGGCCAGCCUGGUGGACAGCGUGCGGCAGCUGGGGCUCGGCGCGGGGCCGGUGGGAGUGCGCCUGUGUGCGCAGCACUGCGAGGAACUGACCCUCUUCUGCGAAGUGGACCAGGAGGCACUGUGCUGGGUCUGUGACACGACUGCUGAACACAGGAGUCACCACACCAUGCCUCUGCAAGAGGCAGCUCGGUGUUACCAGGUAAAGCUCCAGAGGGCCCUGGAAAUGGUAAGAAAGAAGAUGGAGGAGGCCUUGACUCAGGAGGUCAAUGUGGGGAAGAAAACUAUCAUUUGGAAGGAAAAAGUGGAGAUGCAGAGGCAGCGCUUCAGGCUGGAGUUUGAGAAGUAUCGUGGCUUCCUGGCCCAUGAGGAGCAGCUCCAGCUGCGGAGGAUGGAGGAGGAGGAGCGAGCCACCCUGCAGAGACUGCGGCACAGCAAGAACCUUCUGGGGCAGCAAAGCAAGGCUCUGAAGGAGCUGGCUGAGGAGCUGGAGGAGAGGUUCCAACGCCCAGCUCUGGGGCUGCUGGAGGGUGUGAGAGAAGCAUUGAGCAGAAGUAAGGAUGUCACACAGCUGGAACUGGAGAACAUCCCCAUGGAGCUGAAGACAAUGUGUCACAUCCCUGGGAUGAGGGAAAUGUUGAGAAAGUUCCAAGUUGAUGUCAAGCUGGACCCUGUCACAGCGCAUCCUAGCCUCCUCUUGACUGCUGAUCUGCGCAGUGUGCAGGACGGAGAGCUGUGGAGGGAUCUCCCCAACAACCCGGAGCGAUUUGAUACAUGGCCCUGUGUCCUGGGUUUGCAGAACUUCUCCUCAGGAAGGCAUUACUGGGAGGUCAUGGUAGGAGAAAGAGCAGAGUGGGGUGUAGGUGUCUGUCGAGAGACGGUGCUGAGAAAGGGGGAGACCACACCCUCUCCUGAGAACGGAGUCUGGGCCAUGUGGCUGCUGAAAGGAAAUGAGUACAUGGUCCUUGCCUCCCCAUCUGUACCUCUCCUCCACCUGGAACGGCCUCACUGCAUUGGGAUUUUUUUGGACUAUGAAGCAGGUGAAAUCUCCUUUUACAAUGUAACAAAUGGGUCUUACAUCUACACAUUCAACCAACUGUUCUCUGGUGUUCUCCGACCUUACUUUUUCAUCUGUGACACGAUUCCUCUUACCUUGCCACCUAUGACAGAUGUGGAGUCAGAAAAUUGGGCAUCCAGGGGUCAUCUUUACUCUGCUUCUAAUGUUGGACAUGAUCAUUCCUAAAAUUCUGUUCCUGAGAAUU